AUGGCCAAAAGACACGGCCACUAUCGUGCCAGAGGCACUGGAAGAAGCAAAGCUGGAAGUAGUAACUUCAAAAAAGCGAAAAACAACCGUAAACAGAGUCGCGGUGGCUCUAACAGAGGUGAACAUAAUGCUAAUUUCGUCCCUGUCGGAGGCGGAGACUUAGGCAAUAUGGACAUGAUGGACGACUACUAUUUUGGACACAACCAUGCCGUUAAUUCCAUGCAUAUGGGUGGUUUCAGGCCUGGGAAAGAGAAAUUUGCAGAAGAGGAAAAAGAAGCUCGGAAUUUGCCAUUGAGGAAAAGACCUGUGGAAUUCACCAAAGCUGAACAAGUUUAUGACCUAGCUCAUGAUUUUAUUUUGAAUCUGAAAAAGAAGGAAAAGGAAAGACAGGAACAAGUUGUAAAAGACACCGAUGGAGACUCCGCAAGCAAAAGAAUAGAUCUAGAAUUAGAAGAAACUGAUGAAGACCCUGAUAGAGGCUCGAAUACUCGAAGAAUCGAUCUGGACUCAACGUCUGAAGCACAUACCGAGGAAACCAUAGAAGUAGAGGUUGACGUGGUAUCUGAGGAUACCGUAGAAUCUGGAAACGAGUCUGAAGAAUCACCGAUGGAGUCUAACCCGGGGUCGCCGAAAGAGCUUUCUGAUGAGAAGCUGUUUUUCGUUGAUGAAACGCCACUACCGCGGACUAAUGUUAAAACCGUUCAUGUCGAUCCUCCGAUGGAAAAAUUGACCCAAACCGGUAUCACAGCAACGGAGUUUGAGCCUGUUCUCGUGGUUGGCAAAACCGAACUGAAUCUAAUCGAGGAAAGGGAUGGAACGGCCUCUGUAAGCAUACCACAUACAUGGAAAUCCCAUCCCUUCAAGCCAACUUCUCAAGAUCAACUGGAAAGAAAUAGUUCCUGGGAUGAAAUUGGUGAUUAUGACGAUUAUGAUGAAGUUGAUGAUAAUGACUAUGAUGAUGAAGACAAUGAAUCCGAUAAAAGUAACUAUAGAGGAGACUACUCCUCCGAAGAAGAAGUAGAAAUUACAGAUUCAACACCCCGCAGCUCUUCGAUACUUUCCUCCACGAUCAAAAAUUUGUCACUGGACGAAAAUGAAGAGUCAAAAGAACAAUCGAAGGAAAACGACGAGCCGGAAUUUGGUUUUCUUGACGAGGAUUUUGCUUUGAACGUUUCUGAACUCGACAUUAGUAACAUCCGUAUUGGAUCGCGAGACAACUCUUACUAUAUGUCAAGCUAUCGAUAUUUUGGCGAUUACGAUAAGCGUUGGGUUGAUCAAGACGAUUUGGAAGAGUUUGUCGCGGAGCUGGGAUUACCUGAUCAUCGAAUUGGAGCGUAUUUGCGGUAUGUCAUGGACGCUCUUGUGCCUAAAAAAAAUGAUGACGACGCUCUUGAGCAAAGAAUUGCCAAAGAGGCAGCGCUUCUGGGAGACAGUGAAUCCGAGGGCACUGAAGAAGAAUCAGACGUGGCUUAUCCGAUAAGCGAAGAUGAUGAUGAAGACCUAGGUGAGGGUCUUGAGGACUUGGUCGCUUACAGCUUGAAAUACGAGGCAGUACGGAAUAAAGUGUACGAUACAAAAAGUUUGCAGACUAGCGGGAAAGGGUCUAAGAAGAAAUUGCUACUUAGUGAGCAGCUUGAUCUGGAUUCGGAUCUGAAGGAUCAACUCGAGGACAAAUUUGCUACCCGUUUGAAUGACAAACGAACUAAAAGGCAAGCCAAAGAGGACUACGUUUCUGCCUCUAAUAGUGGGUCUGACGACCUAUUCUUGAAGUACCCAUAUGGAUUUCAUGUGGAAAACAUCAAGGACGAGUUCGACCUUUUCUUAGGAAGCAGCAAGCCCACGAUGUCUUUCCCACCGUUCGAUCCUCAUGGAAACAAAACUAUAAUGAGUUUUGCCAGUGCUUAUUCCAUGAAAACUAGAAAAAUGGGCAAGAGUGGGAAAAGCAAUGUUUUGGUCGAGAAAGUGAAGAAGACGAGAUGGUCUCUACCGAACUACAACUAUGUGAACCAACUACUCAGAAGAAGACGCGUGUUUAUGCGGAUUGAUGUACGGAGACCACGCGAGGAGGGGCAUCAUCAUCAUCACACCGAAAAAAUCAACGUGGGAAAAGUCAAGUUCCAGACGAAAGAGGGCGAGAUUGUCGGUGAAGACGCUCCCGAGAUUGGCGUCGAUAACAUUGGGCGGCAAAUGCUGGAGAAGCUAGGCUGGUCCCGUGGUCAAGGUCUAGGUGCUCAUGGUAACGAAGGUAUUAGCGAGCCAAUUUUCGCGAAAGUUAAGAAGUCAAAGUCAGGUUUGCGUCAUGGUUAG